UCGCCUUCCGCGCGCUGACGGCGGGACUACGUUUCCCGGCGCGCCCCGCGGCGCGGUCGGUCACGCGCCGGCGGCGGGCGAUGGAGGAGCCGCUGAGCAGGCACCGGGCGCUGUACAAGGGCCCGGCCGCGCCGCCAUGGAAGGAGACGUACCGGCGGCGCUGCCUGGAGCGCCUGAGGAGCAGCCGGGAGCGGCUGCUGCGCCGCUACCGCCAGGCGGGGCCGGGCCCCGGGGCGCUGCUGGUGCCGGAGGUGAUGGAACGCGAGUGGCGGAGCCUGCAGGCCGAGCGCGGCGCGCCGGGGGAGCGCGGGCAGCGCGUGCUGCAGCAGAUGCCUGAGGACCCGGACGAGCUGGCGGUGCUGGAUGAAAUCCAGCAGGAGCUGAUCCUGCAAGAACAACUGGUUAUAGAAGAGUACGAGCGAAGUCUGCAGUUUGAUGAAGAAUGCCUCAAUGCUAUCCUGGAUGGCUUGGAUGCCAGCAACAGGAUCAUCUGCCCAGUGUGCAGAAAGAACCACCUGACUGUGAGGAGUCACUCGGUUUCUUGCCGCUGUGGGUUGGACAUCCCUACUCAGGGUAUGACGGAAGAGAAGCUUCGCUCACUUCUAGAAAACACUAUAACAGAGCACAGUCACAGGUGCCUUCACAAUCCGGAGUUCACAGUUACCAGUGGAAUGGAGGAGGAAGCCAGUCUCCUCAUGACCUGCCUGGUCUGUGACUCCUGGAUGAUUCUCCUCUAAGUUGCUUCAGCUGCUGCUUUGUCAGUGACUUCGAGACUAGAACUCAACCUAGAGCUGCUACUGUCUUCUAAUGUAUAUAUACUUGUGUCUGCUGUGUCAGAAAUACUUCACAAGGCAACGCUACUGCCUUAACCUGCACUUUUGAUGGCACAGUCCAUGUUUUUAUAAUAAAUAUUUCAUCCUUCAUGUCAUCUUCA